UGUGUGUGAGUGAAUGUAGGACUGGCUGAUCCUAUAUGAGCUCAGAGCCUACCCUGGCUGUCAGACUGGGAAAUAAAGGGAAGCUCCACCUUCCUCCUGCAACACACACACACAUUCCCAACAACACCCACAGCCCUACAGCUCCCAAGAUGACCGACAAUAUCCCCUUACAGCCUGUCAGGCAGAAGAAACGGGCAGACAGCAAGCACAAGCAAGGAUGUUGCCCUUGUGUGGGAUGCUGCGGUCGUCGGGAGCUGAAGCCAAGGACCGUCUGGCUCGGGCACCCAGAGAAAAGGGAACAGAGAUACCCCAAAAACGUCAUCAACAAUCAAAAAUACAACUUUUUCACAUUCCUGCCAGGGAUCCUUUACAACCAGUUCAAAUACUUUUUCAACCUCUAUUUCCUCGUUCUGGCCUGUACCCAGUUUGUACCAGAAAUGCGCCUCGGCCCUCUUUAUACUUUUUGGGUCCCCCUGGGAUUUGUCUUGUUUGUCACCAUCAUUCGGGAAGCGGUGGAGGAGAUCCGAUGUUUUGUACGUGACAAGGAAGUAAACUCGCAGAUCUACAGCAAGCUCACAAACAGAGGUACGGUAAAAGUCAGAAGUUCGAAUAUUCAAGUUGGAGAUCUCAUUAUUGUUGAAAAGAAUCAGAGAAUUCCUGCUGACAUGAUCUUCCUGAGGACUUCAGAAAAGAAUGGGUCCUGCUUUCUUCGCACGGACCAGUUGGACGGAGAGACGGACUGGAAGUUGCGUUUACCUGUAACCUGUACACAGAGGUUGCCCACAGCUGCUGACCUUUUACAAAUCCGGUCUUAUGUUUAUGCAGAAGAACCAAAUAUUGACAUUCAUAAUUUUGCUGGAACUUUCACACGAGAGGACAGUGACCCCCCAGCAAAUGAAAGUUUAAGUAUUGAAAACACAUUAUGGGCGAGCACUGUCAUUGCUUCAGGCACAGUCGUAGGCGUGGUUCUUUAUACCGGCCGUGAGCAACGCAGUGUCAUGAAUACCUCAAACCCAAGGAGCAAGAUUGGGCUAUUUGAUUUGGAGUUGAAUUGUCUCACCAAAAUUCUGUUCAGCGCUCUGAUUGUGGUAUCGCUUGUUAUGGUGGCUCUCCAGCAUUUUGCUGGCCGCUGGUACCUGCAGGUCAUUCGGUUCCUCCUGCUUUUUUCAAGUAUUAUUCCUAUCAGUUUAAGAGUAAAUCUGGACAUGGGGAAGAUCGUUUACAGCUGGUUGAUCCGUAGAGAUUCCAAGAUUCCGGGCACUGUGGUCAGAGCCAGCACCAUUCCGGAGCAGCUGGGGCGCAUCUCCUACUUACUUACGGAUAAAACUGGAACCCUUACUCAGAAUGAGAUGGUGUUCAAGCGUCUUCACCUGGGCACAGUUGCUUAUGGCACAGACUCUAUGGAUGAAGUGCAGAGUCACAUUUUCAGCGUAUACACACAGCCGGCACAGGACCCUCCUUCCCAAAAAGGCAUGUCCACCAAAGUACGGAAAACCAUGAGCAGUCGUGUGUACGAGGCAGUGAAAGCCAUCGCUCUUUGUCAUAACGUGACACCCUCUUACGAGUCCAACGGAGUGACUGACCAAGCUGAGGCAGAAAGGCAAUUUGAAGAUUCAUGUAGGGUGUAUCAGGCCUCCAGCCCUGAUGAGGUGUCCCUGGUACAGUGGACUGAAAGUGUGGGACUGUCAUUGGUUGGUCGAGAUCAAUCCUCUAUGCAGCUGAGGACACCCAGUGGGCAAAUACUGAAUUUCACGAUCCUGCAGAUCUUUCCAUUUACUUAUGAAAGCAAACGCAUGGGCAUUAUUGUGAGGGAGGAUUCUACAGGGGAGAUUACUUUCUACAUGAAAGGAGCCGAUGUGGUGAUGGCGGGCAUUGUACAGUAUAACGACUGGCUAGAGGAAGAGUGUGGGAAUAUGGCUCGAGAAGGUUUAAGGGUUCUCGUCGUGGCCAAAAAGUCAUUGACUGAGGAGCAAUAUCAAGAUUUUGAGGCCCGGUAUGUUCAGGCAAAGUUGAGUGUCCAUGACCGUUCUCUCAAAGUUGCAACAGUGAUAGAGAGCUUGGAGAUGGAGAUGGAGCUACUGUGUCUAACCGGAGUGGAAGACCAAUUGCAAGCGGACGUGCGGCCAACCCUUGAGAUACUGAGGAAUGCCGGCAUGAAGGUCUGGAUGUUAACUGGAGACAAACUAGAGACCGCUACUUGUACGGCAAAGAAUGCACAUCUGGUGACAAGGAACCAGGAUAUUCAUAUUUUCCGACCUGUAACAAAUCGGGGAGAAGCCCAUCUGGAACUAAAUGCAUUUCGGAGAAAGCACGACUGCGCCUUAGUUAUAUCUGGAGAUUCCUUAGAGGUGUGUCUAAAGUAUUACGAGUACGAGUUUAUGGAGCUUGCGUGUCAGUGUCCCGCCGUUGUGUGCUGUCGCUGCGCCCCCACCCAAAAGGCUCAAAUUGUUCGGCUGUUACAGGAAAGGACAGGAAAACUCACAUGUGCUGUUGGAGAUGGAGGUAAUGACGUGAGCAUGAUCCAAGAGGCCGACUGUGGAGUUGGAGUUGAAGGAAAGGAAGGGAAGCAGGCAUCUCUAGCUGCCGACUUCUCUGUCACGCAGUUUAAGCAUUUGGGCAGGCUGCUCAUGGUGCACGGACGCAACAGCUACAAGAGAUCAGCAGCACUGAGCCAGUUUGUCAUUCACAGGAGCCUGUGCAUCAGCACCAUGCAGGCUGUCUUCUCGUCGGUAUUUUACUUUGCCUCCGUUCCAUUGUACCAAGGAUUCCUUAUUAUUGGAUAUUCUACAAUCUAUACAAUGUUCCCAGUUUUUUCUCUGGUCUUGGAUAAAGAUGUGAAAUCAGAAGUCGCAAUGUUGUAUCCGGAACUCUAUAAGGACCUGCUCAAAGGCCGACCUUUGUCAUAUAAAACGUUUCUCAUUUGGGUUUUGAUCAGUAUCUAUCAAGGAAGUAUCAUCAUGUACGGGGCAUUACUUCUAUUCGAGUCAGAGUUUGUCCACAUAGUGGCAAUUUCCUUCACAUCUCUAAUUCUGACCGAGCUUCUCAUGGUGGCCCUGACCAUCCAGACGUGGCACUGGUUAGUGAUCGUUGCCGAGCUCCUCAGCCUGUCCUGCUACGUGGCCUCUUUGGUCUUCUUACAUGAAUUCAUAGAUGUCUACUUCAUUGCUACUUUGUCGUUCCUCUGGAAAGUGACCUCCAUUACGUUGGUGAGUUGUCUGCCCCUCUACGUCCUCAAGUACCUGAGAAGGAAAUUCUCUCCUCCAAAUUACUCCAAGCUGACAUCCUAGACUCUUAACUUUCCGAAACUCUAAUGGACGGACACUGAAAAUGUCAAGAAUAAUUUGCCAACCUUGUUGGACCGUCAUGUGGAUUGUGCCGUUAGCCGAUAUUCUAUGCUGCUUUUCUGAACAAAAGGGAUAUGGGGCAUUGGAGCAGAAGGUCAAUCAGUGAUGAACAAUCAUUCCUACUCAGAAGAAACAAGAGGUUCCAGGGGAUUUGUCUGUGGAGCUCAUUCAAAGUCUCCAGACUCUAUGGCCCGUCGAUGCAUUGGAGGCAUGACUUGUUAGCAUUACCUUGCUGUUUCUGGUGUCCAUUCUCCCUGUGAUACUUUGUGUCUGAGAAGGGGAUUAUUUGUGAAAAAUAGAACAAGAUAAACGCUUAACCAGGUUUAUUACAUUUGACAGCCCCCCAUCCCCCCGUAACCCCUUUGAAAUCUCACAAGUUAAAGACCAUGGUCCACUGAAAUACAUGGAGGCCUUAUAGAGCCAAAUUUCCCUGGGGUUUCCAUAGGCCACCAGAGCUUAAAUGUGAAGAAGGGAACAUUAUGUUUACAGCAAUUCAGCAAAUAAUAACUUUUUUUGUUGUUUAUCAAUGAUAUUAAUGUGCAGUAAUUUAAUUUAUUACUUUGGCGAUCAAUAUGCCACUUGAUUAAACCGAUAUAGAUCUCACAAGUGUUUAGGGAUAGCAGCUUUUACUGGGCAGUAGACAACAUGGCCGUGCUGUCGUCUGAUUAUUCAGCAAUAAAGGGCCAGGAGUAAGAAUUGAUCUUAUAGUGAUAUGAAUGAUCCAAACUUUCUUGUUGGUGUAUGUUGGCUUUAAAGAAUUUGUCAUUUUAUUGAAUCUAUAUGUAAAUCAAUGCCAACUGUUAAACUUGGUCUAGUAACCCAUAGCAACCAAUGAGCAGUUAGAAUGAGGAGAGGUUUGUAGAUGUCAGUGGCUUGAUUUUCCUUUGUAACUAUGGGGUUUUAAUGGGAUUAAGAGUAGAGACGGUGCAUACUUAAAUCUGCCCCCAGGCUGUGGAGAUGAUACACUGAAAGUUAGAGAGUCACGAUUAUGGGUUGGGUGAAAUUUUUUUAGACUUAAUAAAUAUGGAGCUCCAUCAGCUAAUUUAUCAUUGACAAUGGUUGUUUAGAAGGAACUAGAGAUAUUAGAUGAUAUUAUGGGUGGCCUGCUGCCCAACUGAAUCAACAAUGGUAGGAGCAGUUGGAUUGGACAGUCAAGAGGGGGUCCAUGUGAAUGAAUAAAGCAAGGUGGUGGAUAUGUGGCUGAUCAAGUAUGUGAGUGGUGGUGGUGAGGGUUCUUGAGUAGCCAGCCUAGGAGUGCAUGAACUGGAAAUCCAACCCUGGCUAUGGACAGUCUGGUAAAGCCCAGUGGCUCCAGGACAAUAAACUGCCCAGCUCAGUGCAGGGGAUCGUGGACUCCUUAUAGCAGCAGCCGUAAAAGGAAAAUCCUCUCAUAUCUGUCAGAUGUAAGCUUGUCGGUAAAACACACCUAGAAAACAAACUCCUUAUGAAAGCAGGCCAACUCUCCAGCAGAAACGGCCAGCUUUGGUGACAAGCACAAAGCCUUCAGCUAGGCCUGGCCUGGCCGUAAAAAUGAUGGCUGAUCCCAAUGUUAUUAAUAUGGAAAAAAGAUUAAUAUGAAGGAAGGCCAGUGUUUUUUUUCCAGAAAAGGUGGCAACCCUACCUUCAGCCAAGGAGAGCCGAGCACUGGACUGGAGCUCCAAGAAUUCCAAUGAACAGACCACAGGAUAGAAGUACAUACGUUUUUACUCGAUUAACAUAAAAGGGCACAUGUGUUUCAUGGCCUGGAGCACCUUAAUCAUAGGCUGUCUAACUUGAAAAGCCAAUUCAUGUUCAUCCUUUUAUAGUGGGACACUUUCAGGCAUGGCACCCGAAUCCAACAUUUAUACUUUGUCCUGUCCGGGUUUUUACUUUCCAUAUUACAGUGAGUUUGUCAGUAGACUGACGAGGCUAUUUGGCCUUUAAAGAGCUUAAUGGCAACCACCAUGUUGUCUUAGAAUGCAACCUACUAAUUAUUCAUUUUAAAAUCAAUUUCUAGUCAUCAAGGCUGGAAUAUGAGAGAAGAUAGUAAUUCCAUUGGCUUUGCUCGGGUCUCUCGAUCUACAGCGACCAAUCAGAGGUUUGCCUUCAGCUACCCAGCAAAUCCUCAGUGCUGAUUGGUUGCAAUGGGUUAUUAAACCCUUAGUAAACUGUGCACCCAUUGCUUUCUAUUUCUUCAGGCUAAAGGCAAACUUUGUUUGCUUUAAAUGUUUAUUGAAGCUUCACUGGGUAUUAAAUCCAAAUCAAAUUGGCUGCGAAUUGGAUAUAAAUCUGGAAAUUCAUUUUAUAGCCUAACCCUUUGCAUCUGCACAUCGAUGCUAAAUCAUUAAUAACAUCGUUUCCAUAACUUGCCUUUGUUUUAAGAAAUGAAUGUUCGUUACUGUGCUCCCUCCGCUGUAAAAUGUAUCCCUGGUGCAACCGGAUGACUCAUGUAUCUCCCCGGUGUGUCUAGUCAUUGGCAGGGGAUAGACGGCAUGAGUCAUUGGCUUGUGUCUGUCAGUUGCAGCAGGGAAGUAGCAGAACUAUACCACUCUCUGUAUAUAAAUGAGAUUUUAUGUGCUACCCUUCCCUCUUUGGGCACUAAGGGAACCGGCUCUGCACUAUUUAUGUGAAAUUGUCUCUUUAUUUGUCUCUACUUAAUUCGCAAUAAAUUAUUUAAAACUGCAUUGUGAGCUGCCAAAAUCAACCUCCCAGACUUAGAGCAUGGGUCAAAUUUUUUUUUUAAUAUAUAUUUUAAAAUUUGGUCAAUAUUCGUGCCAAUUUCCUGCUGUCCUUAAAUCAAUUUAAACAAAGCCUUCCUUUGUAACAGGGCUUAUUACAGUAAGAUAAAACUCUGCUUUUAUUGAUUCGUCUGUUACGUCUCGAUGGCCGCCGCGUUCUUCAAUAACAAGUCACGGGACUGUUUCCAUCUUCCGCUCCGUGUGUUUUAUGUCCAUUUAAUAAAUCAGAAAAAAGGAAAUGAUUGGGAGGGGGGUGACAUUGUCCAAAUUCACGUAUGGAAAGCGAUGUUGUUUAUUGUGGACUUUUGGUUCUGAUUGUGGAAAGGGAAGGUGGGAUGUUAUUUCUGUAAUACAGAAGCCCUUGGCAUUCGCCCUCGAUUCGUUCCAAUAAUAAACCGGAGGCAUGAAACAUUUUCUCCAUAUAAUAACGGACUGAAAGUCAUUGCGACUUGGAUACAAAUUCUGCUUUCUGCUCUGUAUUGUGUAGGUGACGAUGAUGAUGAUGAUGAUGUGUAUAUUUAUAUAUAUAUAUAUAUAUUGGAUGCUGAUAUGAAUUUUGCUUAUUUAUUGUCCUGUGCUGUAACAUAUCCAGCCUGUCGGACGAUCGGAAAAGGGAUUCGCAGCAGGAAAUUAAAAAUGACUUUAUGCA